GUUUCACAAACCCUAGCUCAAUAAAUAGCCCAUCUCCCAUUUCUUCGUCAGCUUCCCCAUUUUGUCCUCAGGGUUUCAUAUCAUCUGGUGUUCCAUCGAAGGUUUCUUUGAUUUUGUUUAAGAAAUAGGAAAUGUACCCUUCAAAGGGUGGUGGUGGUGGUGGAUAUGCCGGGCAACAAACUUAUGCCGCACAACAGGCUUAUAGCCAACAUCCUGGAACUGGUUUCUCCAGCAAUCCUGCUGCUGGCACUGAGAUGGGAGCUCAACAUGCUAUGGCAUCUCGGCAAACUUCAAUGAUGGGUAUGGCCCAAGAAGCCGAUGUGGCCAGAUUUCGUGCCAAUCCCACACAGACAGCUCAAUAUGGAGGGCCUUAUGCUUCCGUCUAUGGCUCAGCUGCUUUGAGCGGUGGACAACAGGCUGGAGGGAGUAACAAAGGAGCAGUUUCUUCAAACCUUCAAAGUCGUCCUGCUUAUCCUUCUUCAUUAACAGAUUCAUCCAAAUAUUCAGCUGGAACUAUGGGAUCAGGUUAUAAUGAUGACUAUCUUUCAGCUUCCAAUCGAGGAUAUGCUCAGAGGGGAGAACAGUUUUCUGGAGCAAAAAGUUCUGAUUAUGCAAUCGAUAGGAGAGCUUAUGGUGAAGGUUCCUAUGCUGGAAGGGAUUUGAGCGAUCAAGCUAGAAGAUAUGCUGAUUCUGCUUCUCUCAGCCAUCAACAUCAGACUGAUCUACCUGAUCACAUGGAUCAGGCGUCAGUGCUUCGACAGCAACAAAUAUUGAAAGCUCAGUCAUUGCAUGCAGGUCCUGAUAUAAGACAAGCUGAAUAUCUUGCAGCAAGAGCUGCACCUAUUCAUCCUGGUUCUCAAGAAUAUAGUUCCUAUGGUGGAGGAAUGGAUGUAGAUCCACGUGGUUUACCUAUCCUCAGCAGUUCUCAAUAUGGCGCACCACAUUCUGCUUCAAUUUUAGGAGCUCCAAGGCGGAACUAUGAUGACCUCAUCUAUACUCAAGGUUCAAAUGCUGGUUAUGGGGUGAGUUUACCCCCAGGACGUGAUUACAUUUCAGGGAAAGUCCUUCUUGGCUCUGCCGGAUCUGAAUACCAAGGGAGCAUCAUCUCACGUGAUCAUCUAAAUCUCGGAGUUCCAACAAUCACCGAACGGAAGGAUGAUAGAGAUGCUUAUCGGCGAGAACUUGAUAUACGUGAAGAGGAGCGUCGUAGGGAUAUGCUGCGGGAGAGGGAGCGAGAAAAGGAACGAGAAAGGGAUCGUGAACGUGAACGGGAACGUGAACGAGAAAGAGAUCGCCGUGAAAGAGAAAGAGAACGAGAACGAGAUCAUAGGCGUGCUUUGGAUUCUAAGAGGGAGCGUACACCAUCUAGAGCUUCUAGAGAUCGCCGGGCUUCUUCUGCAAAAAAGGAUGAGAGGCCUCGUCAUGCCUCACCUCGACGCUCGCCGCUGCCUCGAAGUGUGCCUCGUCGAGUCUCACCACGUCGGGAGGCGGCGCAUAGGCAUCGCUCUCCUGUUAAAGAAAAAAAGAGAGAUUAUGUUUGCAAGGUUCAUCCUUUUUGCUUGGUUGAAGCUGAAAGGGAUUAUCUGUCGGUAAAUAAGAGAUAUCCUAGGUUAUCAAUAUCCCCUGAAUUUACAAAGGUUGUUUUGAAAUGGCCAAAAGAGAACUUAAAUCUUUCACUGCAUACUCCUGUCAGCUUUGAGCAUGAUUUUGUUGAAGAUAACAAAAGUGAGGAGACGUAUUUGGUUCCUGCAGAAGACUCAGCAAAAAGUACAAAUAUUGUUUGGAAUGCAAAGGUUAUUCUGAUGAGUGGGGUCAGCAGUGAUACUCUGGAUGAGUUGUGCUCUGAUAAAAGUUCUGAUGACAGACUAAGCCACUUCAACAAUUUCUUGAGGUUUGCUAUUCUAAAGAAGGACCAUUCAUUUGUGACUAUUGGAGGCCAAUGGGAAGAGGCAUUGGAUGGUGCGGAGCCAAUAAUUCAUGGUUCUUCGCUGAUCCAAACUGCUAAGAGAUACUUGAAUGAUGUAACUCAGCUCGAUUUACAGAACUGUCAGCACUGGAACCCAUUCCUUGAGAUACACUACAACCGGAUUGGUGAUGAUGGGUUAUCUAGUUAUAAAGAAAUCACUGUUUUGUUUGUGCCAAACCUGUUAGAUUGCUUACCUACAUUGCAUUCCUGGCGAUCUAUGUGGCUUGCUCACAGGAAAGAGGUUGUGGAGAGGGAGAGGGAACUAGUUUCAAAGAAAGAAAAGAAAUCAAGCGAAAAGGAAUCCAUACAAGGUGAUCAUGGUUCUAGCAAGUCUAAGAAAUCUGCUACGGCUACAAAAACUGGCAAAGUUGAUGACAGGUCAAGUAAAGAUGAGCAGAUUGGCAAAGCAGAAGACAAGUCGGGUAAAGUCGAUAAGAUUAGCAAAGCUGCAGAAAGUAAAGACGAGGGUGCUGAUUCCAAAAAUGGAAGCGAACAGAAACAAAAGUUACCUGAAUUAGCUGAAAAUCCCACUGAGAAGAAUGCUCAAGCAAUGGUUGUCGAUGAUAAAACUGAUGAAAAGAAAGCAUUGGAUCUGUCUUCCUCUGAUCCAAAUGAAGUGAAAAAGCCAGCAAAGAAAAAAAUUAUUAGGAAGGUUGUCAGAGGGAAGGCUGCUGAUAAGAAAGAAACUUUACCUGCUGAUGAGACUGUUGCCAAACAUGAUGAAAAGUUUGAAAAGGAUCCUGAAAACAAACAAAACGACCAAGAAAUCAUUGCUCUAGUAAACGAUAGCUCAGCUGAACCAGAAAAAGUUAGGACUUUUGUUAGAAAAAGAGUUGUCAGAAAGGUUGCUACAGGAAAAUCUUCUCAAGAGGAAGAUAAUAAAGUUGUUGAGAAGAAACUGGAGCAAGAUAUUAAAAAUAUGGAACAAAAAGUUAAAAAUGAUGAAGAGCCAGCAGUGGAAGCUGCUCAGCAGACUACUGGUGGCAAAGUAGCUGCAAAAAAAAGAAUUAUUAGAAGGGUGAUAAAGAGAAAGGUCGUGCCUACUGGAGAUAAACCAGGAGUUGCCCUUGCAAGAGAUGGUGUACUGGGAGAAAAUAAUACUUCUGUUGUAAAAGCCAUCAAGGAGGAAGAUCUGCCAGUAGUAAAGGCAGAGCAAGACACGGCUGGAUCCAGCCCUUUUGAAAACAAGGCUAAAGAAGAGGCCAAAAAGUUGGCUGUUGAGAAGGGUGGUGCCUCUGAAAAGAAAACAACUGAGUCAAUGGAUAAUAAAAAGGUGAUCAAAACAGAAAAAGUUCCAAAAACUGAAAAACAUGUUUCUAGUAACAGUGAACUGGAGGUCCAAAAGCAAAACGAUUCUGAGAAAGAUUCGCGUAGUGCUAAAGGGGAGGGAUCAAGGCAGGACAAAGAGAAGAAGAGCAAAAAUACAAAGGAGAAGGAUGCUAAGCAUGAUUCUAGGAACAAAUCAUCCAAAGAAACAAAGGAAAAAGUGAAGUCUGACGAACCUCCUAAACAACCAGGAUUGUUUCUAAAGACAAAGAAGACAAAGGAAUCUAAAGUUCGUUCACUGUCCCUUUCAUUGGCUGGGCUCUUGGAGUACAAUGACAAGGAUACUGAAGAAUCAACUUUUGAGCUGUCACUAUUUGCAGAGUCUUUUAAUGAAAUGCUUCAGUAUCAAAUGGGUUGUCGCAUACUAUCAUUUCUUGAGAAACUACGGAAAAGGUUUGUUAUUAAGCAUAAACAACGCAAAAGACAACGGGAAGAGAAAAAAGAAAAAGAAAGUGAAGCAGAGGCAGCCUCAAGAAAGCGUCCAAAGAUCAGCGAUAAAUCCCCUGCAGAAAAGGAGUCUGUCAAACCAGAAACACAAGAUUCUAAAGAUCAGAAUCAUGAUGAAAACAAUUCUAAAAAUGCUGACUCAAUUGAAGCAGAUAAGUAUGAUCAGGAAAAGAAGUCAGAUGUUGAUGAAGCCGACGAGGAUGAGGAAGAACUGGAAGAAAUGUAUGAAGAAUACGAAGAAGUUGAAGACGCCGCAACGGCAAGUGAUGUAGUUAUGGUGGUGGAUGAGGGUGCGGUUGAAGAAGCUGAUACAAAACCCAAAUCAGAGGUUCCAUCUAAGGAUGAUCAAGGGAAGGAAAGUGCCAGCGAGAAUAACACUAAAGGAACCGAAACCAAGAACGAUGAACAGUCCAAUAGUGGGAGCAAGGAUGAGAAGAAGCCUUCAACUGAAAAGUCUGAUUCGGUGAAGGAGUUUGUUGACAAGGAACUUUUACAGGCCUUCAGAUUCUUCGAUUAUAACAAAGUGGGGUACAUUAAGAUGGACGAUUUGAGAUGUUUACUCCAUGAUCUCGGCAAGUUUCUUUCCCACCGAGACGUCAAGGAAUUGGUACAGAGUGCACUGUAUGAAAGCAGUUCUGCUAGAGAUGAUCGGAUUUUCUAUAAGAAGCUUGUGAGGAUGAGGGACCUAUGAACAGUGUGAGGAUUUAGGCCAGCAAGAGAAGUACUUUUCUUCUAGUUAUUGGAUUUUGGUCACACUUUGCAUAUUUUCUCAUUAGAAUUUAUUAUACAAUGAUUAAUAUUUAGGCAUGGAAUGCAUUUUAGGGCUGGAAUUUCUUUUUGUUAUUUUUAUGAUAUGAUAAAGCACAUGUUUCAGAUCAGAACUCAGCUUUAUCUGCAUUUUAUUCAUAAUUGCUGAUCCAUGCGAGCACUGCUUUGUUUUUA